ACAUGGAGCCGAACUUGCACAGAAGUUGUUUACAAAAUAUGUUUGGUCUCCAUUUGUGAGAUACUACUAUAAAAGAUUGUUGAUAGAUCAAAAUUAAAAAUGGAAUAAGAUAGGAAAAUUAAGACUGACUUUUCAUCAAUACGUUCUAAUAAUACAGCUUGCUGUUGUUGACUGUAGAUAAAUGUGGUUUCAGUACUUGUGUAUGAUAGCCCAUCCAUAAUGAAAGGCGUCGACAAGGAAUCUGGGAGUGUGAGUGAAGCCACAUCAGACGUUAAAGAACUGCGUGGCAACAUGGGAUCGUACAACGACGAUGAAGAGAAGGUCACAGACCAGCUUCUGGACAGGACGGAUUCUGGAACCCCUCCCUCUGACAAGUAUUACAUGGUUUAUCUCAUGAUGACUAUGUUGGGACUGGGUCAACUACUUCCAUGGAAUUUCUUCAUUACUGCUAAUGAGUAUUUCACCUACAAGUUACGAAAUACGUCACACAAUGCCUCCAUCUACGAGGUGGAUGAUAAAACGUACCUGCAAAUUACCUUUGAGAACUGGUUCUCGGUUACAUCCAUGGUGACUAACGUUGUGUUUGUGUUUGUCACAUCAUCUAUCAUGCACACCUUGUGUGCCAACGUGAGAAUGUUUGGAGCAAUGUCUACAAUGGUAGUGCUGUUCAUUCUUACUGUGAUAUUUACACAAGUGGACACUGAUUCAUGGCAAGUGGCAUUUUUUGUGAUAACAGUUUUGACUGUUGGCAUUCUGAGCAGUGCAUGUGCUGUGAUCCAGGCCAGUCUGUUCGGGCUUGCAGGCUUUUUCCCUCAAAAGUAUACGAGCGGAGUUAUGGCAGGCCAGGCCAUAGCAGGUAUGUUUGCUUCCCUCGCAAGCAUCAUCACUUUGCUCGGAACACAGGACGAUCCUCUUCAGAGUGGUUUCAAUUAUUUCUUGGCAGCCACGUUUGCUAUCCUGAUAGCAAUUGUGUCCUACCUUGCCAUUCCACGUACGGAUUUUGGCCAUUAUUACCUUCAGCAUCCAGAUGAAAGAACUUCUGAUCACUUGAUAGCAGCUAAACAGGCUAAAGGUUCAGGCAUUGGUGUUAAGAAAGAAAAGCCUCCUUUCAUUGCUAUAUUCAAGAAGGUGAAGAUGGAGGCUCUGUCAGUUUGGAUGGUGUUUUUUGUGACGUUGUCUUUGUUUCCUCCUCUUACAUCCAAUGUACAAAGUGUGAACAAGGAUAGUGGAACUAGAUGGACGAAUCAGUUUUUUAUACCGGUGUACUGCUUCCUGAUGUUCAAUGUGGGUGAUCUCAUUGGUAGGGUUGUUGCAGCGUUUAUACAAUGGCCACGUAGAGGCAGCUACCUGCUGCCUUUAUUGUGCAUCCUGAGAGUGGGAUUCAUCCCACUCUUCCUGCUGUGCAACAUCCAGCCGCGUGGAACGAUCCCGGUGAUUUUCAACACCGACAUCUAUCCGGUUGUCUUCAUGCUGCUGUUUGCAACUACAAACGGCUACCUAGCCUCCCUCUGCAUGAUGUAUGGACCACAGCAGGCACCACAGCAAUUUGUGGAGACAGGGGGUGCUAUUUGUGCGACGUUUUUGACCUUUGGACUUGCAGUUGGGUCAGCGUUCUCAAUAUUGCUAGUGUCAUUUAUAAUUUCUGUAUAAGAACUGAUCGGGGAGGGAGACAAGAGAAAGAACAAGCAGGUGAAGCUGAUGUCGAUAUGUUCAAGAGCUAAUAAUACCUUUUUUUUAAACUCUUGAUGUUAUAUUUCCAUAAAGGUACAUUAAAAUAUUACACAUGUUGGCACGGCUGGAUCUUGUUCAGCUGAUUGUAAUAGCAGCUAUCAGUGCAGUUGAUUACUCAUGGUUAGGGCAGUUUGGUGCAGUUUUACAGUGUGUUUCGACAAAUAGCAGAGAUAUGCCAGUGACAGCUAACGUACAUGCUGUAAAACUGGAGUCGAUUCAUCCAUUAUGGUUAUUUUUCGGUAAGAUUCUUCUUAUCACAUUUAGAAGAGUAAGAGCAGUGAAAAUUGGCCAAGCAUGGACCUGUGUGUGUGUAUGUGUGUGCUGGGCAUACAUUGUUUUUUUAUAUUAGAUAUAUUGCCAAAAAUAUAUGAGACUUGAUUUUUGUAGUUUUAUUUAUCUACUUUUAUCUAUUUUUGGUAUUACACUAUAAGUAGAUGAGAUUGCUUGUAUAACAGGGUAAGGGGAUAAACCAAGUUUCAUGCUUGGGAUAAAUUACGCACCAUUUGUGGUGUGGUGGGGAAAGGUUUCCUCUGUGUGUCGUCCAGGAUAAAAAUAAAAAAACAGCCAGAAAUGCAUGCAGAUGUUAAGGUUAAUCAGGUGACCGAUCUCUGAUUCAAGCUGUGAUCAGAAUUGCAGCUAUUGGUUUUCUCCCCCAAGAGUCACCGUCAUGUCACUGCUCUUCUUAGAUAAAGCAGAGUAAAUAAUUGUCUAGAAAGCCUGCGAUUGCUGAUAAUAAGGGGCCAAUUGUAGGGGGAGGAGGUUAACAACCUGCUAAAACGCACGCAUGUCAGCACUUCGUUCUUAUUGGUAUGCCUGAACGUGUAAAGAUAUGUUCUCCCUCUCUUUCAGUACCAUCCUGCUAUGCUAACUUCCUAAACUACAAACUUGUUAUUUUAUCUGAUUAUCUGAGGAAUAUGUGUAGUAAAGCCCUUACUCAAGUAAAAUGACGCAUGCGUCAAAUUACUCAACGAAAAUCCGCCGCACACGCGAGUAAAAUGACGC